UUACGCACUCACUUGACAGCUGACAGGUAACGAAGGGAACAAAAAAACAAACACAAACUCUCUGGACGCAUCACGUACUUUUCUUUUCGCAUUGCAAUAAAAUUCGUAGACACAAAAGGAUUUCGCUGGAUAUGCAGCUGAGUUAGUGUAGUUUUUAUACCGUUUUGUUGCAAUAAUACAGACGCACUUGGUAGAAAGUGCAGUGCGGAGUGGUUUCCAUCAAACGGUGUGCAUUAUUCAAUCAAGAAACCAGCCCUUUACAUCGGUCCCCAACCCCAUUUGGUUCUGCCGUGACCCAAUAAAACCAUGAGUGUGGUGGGCAAGAAGCUUAGCUCUUCGAUUUCGGCCCAAGGGGCCGAUGCAGAUGGGCCCUCACCGACGACCCCUACGGUAGCAACCGGUGGCACAUCGGUGCAGAGCACGGUCACCCCCGAUUACGUGUUGCAGCUGAACAAAAUUACCGACGACUACCUCUGCACACCGGACGCAAACAUCUACGAGAUUGACUUUACGCGCUUCAAAAUUCGAGAUCUGGAAUCCGGUGCAGUGCUGUUCGAAAUAGCGAAACCAUCGCUCAGCGACAUUACCCAUACAGCGACGGGAGCCGAUAGCAAGACAAAGGACUCGGCAGCAAGCACAACAAAUGAUGAACCUACCGGAGCGCCUUCCGCUACCACCACCGGUUCAGAGGACGCGGAGGAAACGUUCGAACCAAAUGCUGGCCGCUACGUACGGUACCAAUUUACGCCGCAAUUUCUAAAACUAAAAACCGUCGGUGCUACUGUCGAGUUUACCGUUGGCAGCAAGAGUGUGAAAAACUUUCGCAUGAUCGAGCGACACUUCUUCAAGGAUCGGUUGCUGAAAACGUUCGACUUUGAGUUCGGAUACUGUAUUCCCUUUUCUAAAAAUACUUGCGAACACAUCUACGAGUUCCCCACUAUCCCACCGGAUUUAGUGAACGAAAUGAUUCAGCAUCCGUUCGAAACGCGUUCGGAUAGUUUUUAUUUCGUCGACGGUUGCCUGGUGAUGCACAACAAGGCCGACUAUGCUUACAACGGUGGCCUGUGAGCAGCGUUUGCAUAGAGAGAGAGAGAGAAUGAGAGGCGUAUCGGGUUUGUGUUUGAAUUUUGGUUAAUAAUUUUCCUCGAGAUUUGCUCGAUCUAGUCAAUCCGCUGCGCUGUAAUAACGUGUUAACGUGAACAUGUGAACUUGUGUGUAUGUGUACGGUUUGUGUGCCGGUAAUGGAUUUACUUUUGUACCGGACCACAUUGCGCAGUAGAAGCAGAACUACGCGAACGUGGAUGUUUCGACUUACUAGUAAUCUUCUCUCCGCAUGAAUCUAAAACACGCACCUCGUAUGUUUGGUGUGUCUGGGAGUGCUGCAAAAAAUUGACCAAGAAACGAGAAACGAUAGCCACCGGGAGGUUGGUGUUGAUGGGGGAAGGAUGAGUAAAAUUGUAAACAAACAUCAUCAUCCUCACCGGCAGCAGCAGCAGCAGUACGAGAGUGUCGAAGAUGAAAAAAAGAAACAAAACAGGUAUGUUAAAUAUAAUUAUUCUAUAAUGUGAAGAAAAAAAAACAGAAAAGUAUAGAAAACAAAACAAAAACAAACAACCCAACAAGCGAAACUCAUGAAAAGACAUUUUGAAUACGGCUAGAAUCGGACAGAACGGAUUGUUGCGUUAAACGAUUUCACCUAUGUGCGGCUUUAACUGUUUAUUGUAAUGAGCGACAGGAACUAUCCUAAAGAAAUGCUAGGAGGAACCGUGUCCCGCUUUCGGGGUGUUUAUUAAGAAGGUUUAACACGAGGUGUAUCAUUGCAAGCGAUAGAUAUGUCCCUAACGGUGCAGAAACUAGCAAAAAAAAAAACAAGCAGACUACAUAGUCUAAUCACCAUUUCUUGCCUUAAUUAUCCGUUUGUUAUCGUUGGUGGUGUGCGGGACGGCAAAGCGAUGAAUGAGAUAAGCUCUUUAAUUACAUUGCGAAACGUACGUAGAACAUCUUGCGUGAAGAAUUGUAUUUAAAAAUAGACAACACGAAGGAAGCUACCGGCAGCACAUGGCGAGAGGGCGAAGGUGAUGUUCGUAGCGAUGGUGGCAACAUGUGGAAGAAUUUUUAUACCAAGAUUGAUCUGAGAUAAGACUCAAAGCUAUACAAUUAUCAUCCUUUUGUUUUACUUCAUUUGCGCUCGAUGGUGGUAAAAUCAGCAGUGGAAGAAUUCAUCCAAUGUCACUUGAAAGAUAUUCCACAGCACGGUUUCGAAUAGAUUGUUAAAGGUUACGCUUGGUUGGGGCCCUAAAAAGGGCAACCACAAAGGUAUGCGGUUUUUGGGUUUAUACCGUUCAUGGAAUGCAUUGAUUUGAAAGCAAAAUCUCGGUGCAUUUUUUUUUUGUCGUGAUGUUGUUUUGUUCCAUCCACAUUGGGUGGGAUAUUAUUGCGCCGCGGACGCAAUACACACGCGAUUUUGCAACAUAACCAUAUGCCAUGGCUUCCAGAAGCUGUUUUUUUGCUCCACCCCCCCACAGCGAGUGUCCUUUGACCGCUGCGUGUUUUGUUUUGUUUUGCCAUUUGUAUACAUCCCCGUCCCGUAAUGUGGUACAGGAUUUAGAAGGCAAAAAACCAAAAAUCGAACAAUUUCACUUUCGACCCACAAAACAGGGGGUGACAAAUAAUAACCCCACCCCGGGGGGGUGUUGGUAUUGGCUACUGGUGGGUGCUUUUGUUUUUGUGCUAUUAUAGCGCGGUGUUAUUUGCGUGACCACAGCAUAACAUGGCAUGGCAGUGCGGAGGGUGGCAGUUGAUGGUGUUGAAUUUCAACAUGUAAUAGGACUGUUAGCAUUUUCCUUUUUUUAUUUUGCUUUUGUUAUGUGUUUGUAAUACCUUAUGCGAACCGAUGAGGUGUCUAUGUCACGAAACACGAGUGCUUUACCUUUUUUAUCGAUUGUUGCCGGAACAGGUCCGGGUGUAUAGUGUGAAAUGAUCAGUUUGCAACAGAAGGUUGAAAUGGUACAUCUUAAUUGUUUUUAAAAAUUUGACACAACUAAAAAUGGGGAAUCUUUUUCUGAAUUGUUUAUUUCAAACGAAUAGAAACGUCCUUAUCCUUUUAAAACACUAAAGCUCGAAAAGAGAAAAAGUUAGAAGAUGAAAAAUAAUAUUUGAUUUUUGAAACUUAAGAAAAAAUUCCUGCAAGCUUUAUUGCAACAAAACUAAAACAAAGCAACACAACCUCACAGCCAGAAGAAAUAAAAAAAAAUAUAAAACUACUAAUUGCAAAACCACAACUCACAAAACAAUAAACACAAUUAAUAGUAAUCGUUACGAGAAAGUGGUAGAUACAAUAUAUAGAACAUAGAACACAAUAGAAGCACAGAAACAAAUAUUCGAUCCUCACGCACCGAGUGAAGAAAGUGAAGGAAAACAAUGUUAAAAAUCACAUUUAGAUACACCACAUACACACGAUCCAAUAGAUGUGGAAAUGCUUUGAUGUUAAACCAUAAACCAAUAGCACUGUCGGAAGGAAGAAAAGGACUGAGUUUUAAACUAGUUUUGUUCUGCUACGAACAAAACAGUAGUACGAUCUUAGUACACAAACCAAAACUUUCAAACGUCACGAUCACUAACACCAACCAUCACACUAUAGAAGAUAUGCCAGCAAAUGAAAUAUUAAUUCGAAUAGUGUUAAAAAUAGGUGUUCUACCAUAAGCAAUAGCAAACAAAACAGACAAAAAAAACCAACAAGUAGCGCAAGAGUCGGUUGUAUUGUGGCUAUUUAGGACUUACAUUUUAAGAUCAGAUCAGAUCGUUGCAUAGUGAAGCGGUUUAGUGGAAUUUUAGUUUUGUUUUAAAUUGAGAAAAGGAAGUUUUCUUUAUUGGUUGGUUUUAAUAAUUAGUGAUGCGACUAGUAGUUUCCAUUUUAAGCGGCAAUCGUGCGAAUACUAACGAUGUUUUAGUUAUGGAAUUUUUCCAAUAGCUAUAGAAGAACGCUACCAACAUCUACACCAUCUGCAAAGCAUUUAGAGCUGUCUAACUUAUCUUAGAGCCAGAAAUUACUAAGAGCUACGAAAGAACUACCAAGAACAAACGCUCAUACGAAUCGAAUAGUUUACAAUAGUUAAUUAUAAUCGUUGGUUUGUACGACAGAAAUGCUUAAGCGCAUCUGAUUUGUUUCAGAUCGGCUGGUGUUGAGUUACUUGUGUAGGACGAGUUUGAGAAGGAGUGCUUGCGCUCACCUUACAACCCUAAUUGUAAACUACCCGCCCUGGAUGUUUUCUUGUAACAUCUGUUUUAUUUACCCUUUGGUAUUUUUGGAGUGUUGAUGCAUUUUUUUAAACGAUUUAGAAUCUUCAACAAGCACAUGACUACUACACUGUCCAUGGUUUACUGCUUAGCGGACGUUGGCAGUCCCAGACCCUAGUCAUUAUGUUUAAGUCUUACCUACAAAUCAAUGGACCUCCAUGUGUUUUUUCUGCAUGUUUGUGUGUUAGUAUAUGCGGCAGAAAAGAACGCAACAUUCACUUUAAACAAUGUUUGAAGCUGAGAUUACGUUACGAUUGUCUUUUGACAACUUUGUUCAUCGCGUUUUUCGUCCCUAAUGGGGAUACACACUUUUGUUGACGUGAUCUAUAGAUCCAUGGAUCCACGAGACGCGAUGGAUCGAUCUUAAAAGCACUGAACUGAGAUGUGGUUUUAAAAAAUGAACGAACCGUACGACACGAGGAAGGAACUCUAUAUAGUAAUAAUAUCUUUAAUAGCAUCACGUGUCCAGGUGCACCUUAGAGUGGACCUCAAUACGCCGCCCAAUUAAAAUAAUGUGCAAAUUUGAACGAAAACCCAGCGUUACCAGCAACAGCAGAACUUAAAGCGAUCGCGUAAGUAAGAACAAAAAUAAAAACUAAUUCAAAAAAAAUGCAAACCAUAAGAAAAUACUAGAAUAUCGAAAGUAAUAGGCAGGGAUGUGGUAGCAGACCAAAAUGUGCGACGAAAUUAUUCUGCAAACAACGGAUAAAACCUAGAUGAAAUGCAUUUGGAGCAAAUAUAAGUGAAAUAGAAAGAAAAUACGUAGUUGAAAGUAAGAGAAGAUAGUGAAUAAGGUAGAAAAA